AUGAGCAGUCCGCGCAUCGCAACUCCUCGCCAGUAUGGAGGUGGUCAUUUCGGUGCCACAACCGCCGAAAGGGGAGGUUCAGAUAUCCGCCUCCCACGGUUCUUCAAAAGGCUCUUCAAGUUCCCUCAGAUGGACUUUGAAAUGGCCGUCUGGGAGAUGACACAUCUGCUAAUUGCGCCCAAGAAGGUGUUCAAGUCGAUUUACUAUCACAAGCAGACCAGGAACACCUGGCACCGUCCAGAUCCCUCAUUCACCUACCUGUUGUCAUUCUUCCUCCUGCUUACGUCCUUCGCAUGGUCACUCGCAUAUACGCCGUCUUUCGCUUCCGUCGUCAAGCUGGCCUUGAUGUUUGUACUCGUCCAUUUCCUUGCCGGUUCGCUACUUGUAUCAACAGUCGCAUAUUUCGUGGUGGGACGCCUGUUGGGACCAGGGAUAGCCGGUCUACCUGGUCGCAGGCGUCAACAAGGGCUUUUCGGUCCACCCGGAGGUUCAAGAGGCGCUGAGGUCCUGGAAUUCGGAUAUUGCUUUGAUGUCUCUAUACGCGCCUUCUUCCCACCUUAUGUCCUGCUCUACAUCGUCCAAUACGUCCUCAUGCCGGUCAUCAACCAUCCGAACCGCGCUUCGACAUUCUUUGCCAACUUACUCUACCUUGCGGGCGGCCUCUACUGGAGCAUGAUCAUAUUUUUGGGCUAUAAUGCAUUACAUUUCCUCCACCACACUCAGCUCCUCCUCUCGCCUAUGUUGGCAUGGAUUGUCAUAUGGCUCGUCUGCACCAUCCUGGGUAUAAACUUGACAAUGGUGGGAACGAGAUGGCUAUUUCUGGGUGUGAAGGUCUGA